ACGAGUCGAAAGUCGAAAGUCGAAAGUCGAAAGUCGAAAGUCGAAAGCUCGGUCUCGUCGAGUCUAUUAAGUUUGUUUGGUAAAAAUCUCUGUUUCCCUCCAACUUUUUGAAUCUCCCUCUUCCUCUUCUUCUUCCCCCGCAAGAUUCUCCUCUCUGCUGGUUUGCCCUAGAUCUAGUGUUUUCUUCGGCAGAUUCGCCCUCCCUUGGAGUCUCUCGUAGCUGUGUUGUUAGACGAUGAAGCGUAAGGGAGGACAUAAGAAAGGGAACAAGUCUAAAAAGUCCACUGAAGCAGAGACUUUGAAUGAGUCAGUUGAAAACAGUGACUCUGAGCAAAGUUCGGCUGAGUGUGAGAAGAGUAAAAGGGAGGUUGAUGCACCUGACAAUUCACCUAGUGUAGAUCCGGUUAAGUCUGUGGGGCGUGUUAAGGUUAAACUGAAGACCUCGAAAGCACCUGAACCUGAUGUUCCCUUGACUAGUCCUCAAGCUGAGUCUGAGAAACCUGUUGAGAAAAAAGAGGAUCCUGUUCCUCCUCGUUUGCCUGAGCGAAAACCAGUUCUCAACGUUUAUAGGAAGAUGAAAGGUAUUAAGAUCAAGUCCUGGAAGGCGGUUGAUGGAUCUAGCUCUGUUUCUGAGAAGACUGCUGUUGAUACUGCCGUGAAGCCCCAAGAGGCAGUUGUACUUGAUAAGGAGACGAAGACGCCUGAUGAGACUUCUCAAGUCAAGAAGCUUGAACCAGAAAGUGCACCCGUUUCUUCUCAGAAGAAAACUGAUCAAAUUUCGCCAUACAAUAAGCAAGAACUGGAAGAUUCUCUUACGGUGGUCAAGAAGAUUAUGAAGAUGGAAGCUGCUGAUCCCUUUAAUGUUCCUGUGGACCCAGAAGCUCUUGGCAUUCCUGACUAUUUCGAUAUUAUCAAGACACCUAUGGAUUUUGGAACAGUAUGCAGUAAUCUUGAAAAAGGCAACAUAUACAUGAAUUCUGAGGAUGUUUACAAGGAUGUCCAGUACAUCUGGAAUAACUGUUCCAAGUACAAUAAGAAAGGCGAUUAUAUCGUGGACCUGAUGAAGCGAGUGAAGAAAAAUUUCAUGAAGUACUGGGCUGCCGCGGGAUUGUACACUGAGCAAUCUGCAGAGAAUGCUCAAGUAGAGGAUGGUGGAAAUGCAUCCUCCAAAGGUAGUCAAUCCAAGCAGAAGAGCCAGAAGCGCCAUGGAAGGCAUCACAAGAGUGAUUGCAUGUGUGCGGUAUGUAUUUUGAAGAGACGUAAAAGAGAACGUCAUAGUUCUCAAGGAAAUUCUGGAGCAGUAGAGGAAUCUUCACCUGUGAGAAGUCUGUCUGUGGAUAAUUCAUCUAUUAAUAUGCGUGAGGAGCAGGACAUGGAUGUUGAUGUUGACAACAAAACUGGACAAGGAAAAGCAGAAAUCGUGGAACUAGAUAGUCCGGUGGCAAAAAGACAAAGAGUUGGUGAAUAUAAAAAACAAAAUGUGGAGGAAGAGGAGACCCUUGAGGUGGAAACUGAAACUAAAACUAAACCGACUGUUGAGGAUAAGACUCAAUCGAUUGAUAGAUCGACAGAAGAGACUGGUGACGAUCCCGUGACUAGUGCUGCCGAGAAAUUGGCUGUUUUAGCUUCUGUUGAAGGUCCAAAAUCAACUCAGAAUGAAGAGGAAGACAAGGCAAAACGACUCCGGGAGCAGAAGGAGCUGCAGGAGUUAGAGCGUAAACAAUGGAGAGCUAAGAUGCAUGAGAAGUUCCAACUCAGAAACCCUCAGCUGCUAAAUCUUUGCGAGACUAUCUUUCCUAAAAGCAACAAUCAAAGUUCUGUCUGGAACGGACCUCACUCACUGUUUAAACGUCCAGAAGGCUCAAAUCGUACUAGUUCCUUACACAAAGCAGUGGACGCCUUGAUGAGAAGUAGUAGUUAAGGAUUCACAAUGUAACAUAAGUAUUUAGCUAUCGUUCUUCGCUUUGCCUGUUUAGAUACGUUUGAUUGAUACAUCAAAUGUCAAACACCAUAAGAUUAUUUUCACUGAAAACAGAAACAUCAAUUUGUUCAUGAAUUUUUAGA